UUCAUUUUUCUUUUUUCUCAGUUCACAUUCCUUCAAUCAAUGUAGAGAGCGACAUCUACAACAAAACCCAGUUAAUUUUCCUUCUCUCUCUCUUUUCCCCCAUCUUCUGUGUCGACCUCCCUUGUUUCUGAGGUCGGUUUGCAAUUUUGAUAUCCUCUGUUCCGUUUUCAUUUUUUUUUUUGUGGCUUUUGGGGGUUGUUUUCCCUUUUGAAAAAUUUUCGAUCUUUAGUAGCAUUGAUAGUGAAAGAAGUUUGCUUUUUUGUCUGCUUCUUCUCUCUAAGCUGUUUUUCACUCCCUACAUUCUACAAAAUUGUUUGAUUCUCCCUUAAUUUCGAUUCAUGGGUUCUUAACUCUAACAUGGCAACGCCCCAAUCUAAAUUUCAAAUCAAAGCCCCAGGAGCAUUUUUGCCAACGAUUUCUGAGAUGGGUUUUGCUGGUUUUGCUGUCUCUGACCAAGUUCAGGUAAGGUUCAAUCUCAAGUUCGUUUUGUGUUAAUUACUCUUACGCCGGAAAACUGGGCACCAUCUGUUUGGUGAAAAGCCUAAAAGAAAAAAAGAAAAAGAAAAAGGAGUCUUGGUAGUUGGAUUGAAUUGGGGUUCACUUUUGCAAGAACAAAAUGAAGGAUUUCCCUUCUUGUUUUGGUGAAAAUGGAGUUCAAGUUGCAGAUUCUUCAUCUUCAAGCUCCAGUAAGAACGCUCAGAAUCUAGUUUCCAGUUCUUAUCAAUGCCAGAUUCGAAGCCAGUCCUGUGUGGUUACUGUCACGUGGAGUAAGAAUUUGAUGGGGCAUUGCCUCAGUGUCGGGAUCGAUGACUCUACAAAUCAGUGUCUUUGUAAGGUGGACAUCAAACCGUGGGUGUUCUCCAAGAGAAAAGGUUGCAAGAGCCUCGAGGCUUAUUCGUGUAAAAUUGAUGUAUAUUGGGACCUCUCUUCGGCGAAAUUUGGCUCCGGGCCUGAGCCAUUGGAGGGAUUUUAUGUAGGAGUUGUUGCAGAUCGGCAAAUGGUUCUCCUUCUGGGGGAUUUGAGGAAAGAAGCUUUUAAGAAGACGAAUGUUGGUCCAUUGUACUACAAUGCAGUUUUGGUUGCCAAGAAAGAACAUGUUUUUGGUAAGAAGUUGUAUGGUACCAAGGCCGUGUUUUGCAAUAAUGGUCAAGUUCAUGACCUUGUGAUUGAAUGUGACACAAGUAUUAGUGAACCGUCACUUAUGAUUCGCAUCGACAGCAAAACAGUGAUGCAAGUGAAGCAUCUGAGAUGGAAGUUCCGGGGAAAUCAUACUAUCCUGGUAGAUGGCCUUGCAGUGGAAGUUCUCUGGGAUGUGUAUAAUUGGCUCUUCAAUCCAUAUCUCGGAGAUGCUGUCUUUAUGUUCAGAACAUGCCUAUCUACUGAUAAGAUGUGGCCUGCUCAACCUCUUUCUGAUGCAAAUCUGUUGCACUUGUCUUUCUCUCAGAGGUUUUCUGAUACCAAAUCGCAAGGUGUUGGCUUCUCGCUUAUUUUACAUGCUUGGAAGAAUGUGUAGAGAGAUGCAGGAAUCCGUCAUUGAUACUAACAGAGACCAUUUUAGUGAGUUUUGAUUUAUCAAACAUGUGAUUGAAAUAUAGUUGGCUAUAAAUGAGUCCUCUUUCCUGUCUCAUUUCCCUUGUCAAACUCAUACCCUCAAGUUAGCUGAGCUAUUUGAACUGAUCGGAAGCCAUUUUUUAUUCCAAUUGGCUGUAUAUUCGUCUUCAAAGUGUUGAUUUUAUGAUCUAUUUUGCUGAAACUAAAAUGUUGUGGUUCUUUUUCUUGUGCUAUUCAAGUGCAUUCCUAUUCUCUUUUA